AUGAACAAUGUAUUUUGUAAACACCAUCCAGAUAAUCAAAUUAUAUUUAUAAUUUGGAAUUCAACAACACUUAAGCUUGCUUGUGAUGAAUGCAUGGGAACAAAUUUAAUUGAAGGAAAUGCUCAAGAAGAAAAAUGGAAAAAAUUGGCUAUAAGAAAGGCUCUAAAAGAACCUGAUUAUUUCUUAUCUUAAUUUAAGUUAAAUCAAAAAAAUAAAGUGAUAAUGCUUGCCCUUGAAAAAUAUCCUCAUGUUUAGCUUUUGGAGGUUGUUGAUAAAAUAGAGUAAUAAAUUAAAUAAAUUCAAAUAAUAUUAGAUAAAAUUGUAGAUCAAUUANGUUAAAUAUGGAGUUAAUUUAAACAAAUUUUUAUAUAAUUUUAAAUAGAGAGAUUUACAAAGAUUUUAUUAAUAUUCUCUUUAACAGAAAAUAUUUAAAAAUCAAUUCAUUUACUUACAUUAGGCAAAUUAAGCUAAAAUAGACUGAUUAUAAUAAAUAAUUAGACUUAAAAAUAAUAUUUUAAUUCAAUUUUAAUUAAAAUAUAAUUUCAAGCUAAACCAAAAAUCAAUUUUUCAAUCUUUAAUUUGAAUUCAAUUUCAAUUUAAACACUUAUUAAUGAUAUUCAAAUCAAAAAAUCUGAAAUAAGAUUAAUAAUGAACAAAUUUCAUCAUUGUAAAAAUGAUACUAAUUUACUAUUAUGUUCAAAAAAGAUAAAAAAAUUUUUCAUUUGA